GCAAUCCGUGUGUAAACGGAUGGUGUGAGGAGACGAUGACUGGUUACCAGUGUCACUGCCUCGAAGGGUAUUCUGGGAAGCAAUGCAUGGUACAUGAACAAGGUAACACAGAAUCUUCAGAAUCUCGUUCGAGUGAGCCUUCUACCACCACUAACACCACAAUGACACUCACAACAGGUGGAACAAACACCACUGAAUCUCUGGAUCCUCUGCCGAAUUGCGCCGGCCUUUCACGUUGUCCCCAUGGUUGGCUGCCGGGGGAGGGGAAAUGUUACAGUUUUCCUAAAAAAAGAGUCCGCAUUUUGAAUGAAGCUGUUAACGACUGCGACAAGAGGUCUGUGUUCACGUAUAGAGGGACGGUAAUGCGCCCCUCUCUAAUGGUCCCGGAGAGUGAGAGCGAAGUUCAAAUUCUUUGGCACUGCGUUUUGCCGCAUAUUCAGCAAAGAAAAAGUCACCAAUGUUACUGGAUCAACUGCAAACGUGUCUCUGACGGUGAUGGCAAAUUUUCCUGCCGUACAACAAGACGAGGAAACACUACAGAUUACCGAAAUUGGGUGGAGGGAGAGCCGGACAACUGGGACAACUCUGAAGACUGCGCCAUCAUGAAUGAUAAGCCUAGACACCUCGAAUGGAGUGACAUCCCCUGCAACUACAUAUUUCAUUACUGUGAUUUGUAUUAUGCAUGUCAAAUACAUGUGACCUAAACUGUUAGCUUGGCCUUUCCCAUGAAGAUGUUCGUCAAGCUUUGAGAAUUUCCCCACAUUUUUUCCAAUGUCGUUAACAGAGGUGUGCAUUUCCUCUCACCCUAUUCAAAUUUGGAAAAUUAUGAUGCGCACGAACAUAACUGUGGAACGUCCCUAAAAUGUAUGUACUUUAUAACCAUGUACAUGUACUUAUUAUGUCUCAAACACACUAAUGUUUUAU